UUAGUGGCAACAGACCGUCCAUCAAGAGAACCCGGCAAGCUGCAACGCGGUGUAGAUGGGUCGACGAAGUUCCUGCGACGAUCCCAGCAAGCCAUGGACACAUAAACGAUCAAGAGAGCCAUGAUGCUGUUUGCGAUAGCACGUCUGUAUCUGCAACUGCGAGUGCUACCGAAGAUGAAGAAAGGGAUCAAGUACCACGACAACCUCAUGCAGGAGCUGUUGAUGAUAACACUUCUAAAUCAGAAGGCUCAUCCGCUAGCUCGUUUUACCAUUCCGAGAACAUGGCAGCAACUCAUGGAACCUUGUGCUCCCGUCACAACAUCAACUUUCACGAACUACUGCUAACGGUAGCAGCCUUUUUUCAAGUGAGCAAAUUGGACAAUUUCACAGCGAAAAUUUUAGAAUUCCUGCAAAAAUUAACCGACCGAUGGAAGGGCUAUUAUCCACUAGCCACCGUGUGGAUGAUUUAUAUUUGGAAAUCCGGUUUCGAUCGCCUGAG